GGAGGCGCUGCAGCUCUGGAGGAAAGAGCUGUCCUCGUCCUUGAAUCCUAGAGUAGGCAGAACAAUGAGAUGAAAGCGACCUUGCUGCGCUGGUCUUUUUCUGCCAGCGGAACGCAGGUGCUGGGGACCUGAGGCGCAGAGGGGGACUAGAGAGAGACGAACACAGCCCUGCAGUUGCCUGGUAACGCGCGCUGGAGGAGUCCUAGCGGAAAAGGUCCUACGAAGUGUCACCGACCCCGAGCGGGACCCGGCCGCCCAUUCUCCUCGUGCCGGCGGCCCGUCCCCGCGGCUCGGCGGGCUAGGGCAGGGGAAAUGUUGCAGGAGGAGUCGGAUCUGUCUCUCAUGAUUGCCCAGAUAGUCCAAAAGCUCAAGGGCUCCAAUCUGUACGCUCAGCUGGAACGGCAGGCCUGGGCCAGUCUUCAGAAACCUGAGAUUAGACUUGAAUCACUAAAAGAAGAUAUUAAAGAAUUCUUUAAGAUAUCAGGUUGGGAGAAGAAACUUCAGAAUGCUGUUUAUAGUGAACUGAAUGUGUAUCCUUUACCUAGCCACCCUGCUGCACCUCCUGAACAUCUUAAAGAGCCUUUGGUAUACAUGAGAAAAGCACAGGGAAGUUGGGAAAAAAGAAUUCUGAAGAGUCUAAAUAGUAUGUGCACAGAACUGAGUAUCCCAUUGGCACGAAAGAGACCAGUUGGACAGCAGAAAGAACUUCUUAAUAAGUGGAAUGAAAUGGGAACUGAUGAACCAGAUUUAAGCCUUUUCCGGCCUGUUUAUGCACCUAAGGAUUUUCUUGAGGUAUUAAUUAAUCUUCGCAACCCAAAUUAUGAAAAUGGUGAUUCUCUUAGUUUUAGGACUCAUUUGGGUUUAAUCCAAGUUCCUCUCAAAGUAAAAGACAUCCCUGACUUGAAAGAAUGCUUUAUAGAGCUUGGCUUAAAUACAGGACAGCUGGGUAUAGAUGAUUCUACACAAGUGCCUCCUGAACUUUUUGAAAAUGAGCAUGUGCGUAUUGGGCAAAAAGUUCUAGCAGAACAGGACAGUGCUGCUGCUCAGCAGUAUAUCAGACAAGGAAGUCCUACGGCACUGAGAGCUGAGCUGUGGGCUCUCAUUUUAAAUAUUUCCAGUCAACCAGAGGAUAUUUUAUAUUAUGAGCAGCUUAAGGCCAAUGUGAUACAACAUGACCUUUUGGUGGACAGUCUAAUUUAUAAAGAUGUGAAGUUGACAGCAAGCAAUGAUGAUUAUUAUUUUGUAUUUGAAGAUUAUUUAUAUCAGGUAUUACUUUGUUUUUCCCGGGAUACGUCUGUUUUGGGUCACUUUGCAUACAACAGUGCUUCACCACCGAAAUCAUACAUAAGAGGAAAACUAGGAUUAGAAGAAUAUGCCGUCUUUUAUCCACCAAAUGAUUGGCUUGGAGUAGAUCACUUCUUCAAGGCUUGGCCAGAUAGCCCCUUUGGCUACCUCCGUGUCCUGGAGCAUACACAGUCAGGACAGCCUCUCCACCAGAGAAAAUAUGCAAGCCUCAGAAGCUGGCUCCGGGGUCUUUGGGCUGGGAGUUUGGGAGUCGUGGAUACCUGGGGUGUGAUCUGUGUAAUCCCUUUUCAUGGAUUUUCAAUGUAUGUUGCACCGCUUUGUUUUCUGUACCAUGAACCUUAUAAACUGUAUCAGACAUUCCGUGAGAUGUAUGUGCGUUUUUUCUUCAGACUCCAUUCCAUCUCUUCUCACCCUUCUGGUAUUGUGUCACUCUGUUUGCUGUUUGAGACCCUUCUUCAAACCUAUCUCCCACAACUCUUUUAUCAUCUACGAGAAAUUGGGGCUCAACCACUUCGCAUAUCAUUUAAGUGGAUGGUUCGUGCUUUCUCUGGAUACUUGGCUACAGAUCAACUCUUGCUCUUGUGGGACAGGAUCCUAGGAUACAACUCUCUGGAAAUUCUUGCUGUCCUGGCAGCUGCCGUGUUUGCUUUCCGAGCAGUGAACCUGAUGGAGGUGACAUCACUGGCUGCAGCUGAAGCAGUUCUUGCUGACCUUUCUACUUUAAAAGUUAUGCCUCUUCUUCAAAUUUUUCUGUUUGCUACUAUCACCUGAUCUUCUUCAAGGUCACUGACAGCACUUCUAGUUUUUCCUUAGGAACUAAUCAUGAACUAUGCAAACUCUGCAUAAAACCAAAAUUAAACUUUGCAUAUAAGCCAAUAAAGAUCAUGUUCCCUCCUCAGUUAAAGCUAAGUAGUUUUUCACUUUUUGAAACAAUAACCCUGCACACCAAAUAUUGCAUUGCAUGCUGCUGAUUUUCAAGAGAGAAGCAAUAGAUGUAACUUCUGCUAAAUUGAGUACUAUAUGUAUAGUACUCAAUCAUAUAUAUUACAUGUAUAAUGUGUCUAUAUAAUGUGUAUAAUAUACAUGUGUAAUGUAUAUGAUUGAGUAACCCAUAUAUACCCUAACUUAUAAAAGGCAUGUAACAAUAUAUGCAAUAAGAACUAAAUAUACUGUAAUAAACUUCAAGAGCUAAUGUAGCUUCUUGGGCAAUUCUUUUAGGUCAGUUUAUAAAGUUAUCCCUAGACAGUUUAUCAUAAAUUGCUCUUCACUCAGAAGCAGAAGUGAGGUGUGCUGUGAAAAGUCUUGAAAAACGCUUUUAAGUAUAAAUUUCAAGGUACUUUGGUAUUUUUAGCAACUUUUCACUAACUAGGGAUUUUCAAGAUUCCCCCCAUUUUAUUUGUCUCUUAAAUGUUUCCACUGGGAAGGUCAAAUGCAGUUAUCCAUCAGAUAAUACUCCAUUCUUCACUCUCUAAAUGGCAGGCAUCAUAGGGAGACCCCUCUGUACUUGUCAGCCCUCUGUUUCUUACACAGAGGCCUUGCCAUAGCUAAGGCGUGGAGUCAGAUUCUGUUUCUCUGGAAGAACACAAGGAAGACAUCCAGGGAAUGAAGGCAAUGAAGAAUCACAGCCAUACCCACUUUUUUGAAGCUUGGUUUAAGGAGACUUACUGCUAGGGUGGAGAAGCUAAGAGAAACCACAAGUAGGUAGGGGACAUUUAUUCUAGAAGACAUUAUGCGAGGCACCUGGUCUUCUUUGGGUCUUUAUUAUAAGUAAAGGGUUUCACUUCAUAUCACUUUGGAAAGAUGUACUAUUUCCAUGACAUGGAAUUAGACUAUAUGAAGAAAAUUAAAAAACAACUAUCUUUCAAUUUUAGCUCAAAUUUAAGAUGCUGAUCACGUCAACAAGAUUUUAAAUCAAUAGAUUAAUAACCCUAUACAUUGACUGGUGUUUGUUUUAUCCUAAUGUAUUUUAGGAAUCUUUUAUUUUUGCCAGUGUAUGUUAGGAAAAGUAUGAAAUUUAGCACAAGACUUCAAAUGUGGCAAAGUUUGGAAUAGUUUACAAAUUUGAAAAUCUGUAUUAAAUAUUCAUCUGGUAAUUGGUGACUUAUUGAAAAUUAAAUAAUUUAUUCUGUGAGUGAAUCUUAAUAAAUGCCAUUUUAUUGCUUUUGAAGGUUACACAUUUUUAAUCGUGUUUUGCCACUGUAUGUGUGCAAAUGUGCAAUUAUGGAGAGAGUAUGCACUCACUGUGGCUACUGUAAAUGGCAAAAGCUUUAGAAAGAAAGUGUGUUUUAAAUGAUUAAUAACAAAUGUGUACAGUAUUCCCAUCUCUUGCUUCUUUAUUUAGAAGAAUAUUGAUAAACUUUAAAAAGAGGCAGCGCAGUGGUCUGUUAUUACCAGAUUGGAGAAGUCUGGUCCUAGCUGUAAGCCCCUAAUUAAUUAAAUCUCUACUAUCUGUAAUUUGAGGGUAGAGUGAGAGAGACAAAUAAUAGGAAAUUUUUGUACCUGCUCCAUUUACCUCAUUGGAUUGUGUAGGACUAGAUGAAAAAAUAUAUGUGAAAGUGACAUUUUAAACUCCAAAGCACCAAGCAAAUAAGAUAUUGUUGGUAAUCAAUUUUAUGACAUUUUAAGGUGAAGUGGUAGAAGAUAUGAACAAUAUCUAACUUCAUUAGCAUUGAUAUUCUUUUUCUUGGUAAGUUGAGACUAUUUUAAAAAUUAAUGGAGACCAGAUGUGGUGGCGUAC